AUGAUAGAGUAUGAAGAGUGGCAAAGACAACUAAGAUCAUUAUAUGGUUCCCAGAUUUUCCAAAAUUGGGCUCUUUGUCAAGAAAUUCGUCUAGUUGAUGAUAAAAAUGCAGUCUUUCUAUGUUUGAAGCCUACUCACAAGCUUCAAGAAAGCGCUAAGAUUAUAGAAAACAAAUCAUUGGAUCAUAUAGAACUAUAUCUUACGUAUUCAAAAAUUUAUAGUGAACCCUUACUGCUUUUACGAAUAUGGGAAGAAAAAAGUUCAGAAGAUAUAUUAAUGACCAGAUUAAUGUUUCCCUGUAAGGUCGAAUCUUUACUGGGUGUCGAGGGCAAGUUCCAGCUGGGGUUAGACACUUUCAUCGAUAUAGGAAAUACUGCUUGGUACUCUUUCCAUCCAUGUGAUACGUCAAGCAUAGUCGGUGACCAGGAAGCAUUCAGGCCAACUUACUUAAGACGAUGGACCAGUAUUUUCGUAUUUAGUUGGUUAGGCUAUGAGGACUGUAGUUAUACUUAG